AUGGCCAACAGAACAUCCGUCCCCCCCAACGACCCCCAAAGCCCCCGCUGGCUCCUCGACCUCCAGCAGUGGAGAAUCGUGCCCUACACCGAUAUUCCACAGAGGAUUCUCGAUGGUGAAGGCUACGGCGUCGUCUCCUAUACAUGGGGCUACAUAGUUGAUGGUGGCAAGCCCGCCUCCGAUCCCCCCCAGGGUCUUUUAUGGGACGUCCCCGCCGUCAAGGGCUGGACACUCGCCAAAGCACGACAGGUGAUGGAGACGAUCGGGACCCGGUAUAUUUGGUGGGACUGGAUGCAUAUCUACGGCAAAGCCAAGAAAAGCAUCGUCUGGCUUCACGCGACCUGUUGGGAGCGGGAUUCGGCGAUUAAGGACUUGCUUCACCUGCGCAUACCGGACGACAAACCCAGAGAGGACGAAGAUAACCAGACUCCAGCUGAGCUGGAGGAACACACCAAUAGCCUGAUGAGACUUUUGAAGCAGGCGCACGAGACAGAGCGCUGGACGUGCUCCGGUUGGACGCUGCAGGAAGGCGUACUGUUGCACGAAACGGAGCUCGUCGAUGGCUGCGGACAACGACUCCCCGACAAGCACUUCUGGCUCAGCGACCAGGCCACUGUUGCGGACCUUACUGUUCCAAUUACUAGAUUGGCGUGGGAGAUUGCCAUCGCCUACUUCAUCAAGUCGCAGGGGUAUGAGCCGGAUGUCGGGACGCCGAUUCCUAAACGCCCGCAUGUUUUCGCACGACUACCGGAGCUGUGGUUGCGGCGGUCUCUGCAGACACUCACAGCCUCAGGCUUCGUCGCUUACUGGCAAAAUAGUCCCCUGGACAUCUUGGCCGGGAAGCGCGGGCGCAAGUUCGGCAAGAUCCAGGACUCUUGCUGGGCGCUUGUGGGCGCGUUGGGUAUUGAUAACAUUGAGGUCACAUAUGCUGAGGACUUUGGCAUGGACAAGGUGAAGCGGCGACUGCUGGUGGCGCUGUUUGACAAGUAUACGUGGGGGAUGUUGGCGCUGCCAUAUCCCGAGUCAAUCCAGGACGUACAUACCGGCGUGGAACGAGACUUUAGAUGGACAGACGUGGCGGAUGGGGCUGUGCUGCCGGUGCAUGCGUUCUGCGUGGAACAAAAAACCGCCGCUCCCGAUCCCAACCACCAGGAGCUGGAAUCUCUUAAGCCCAGUUACACAGAGACACACAACGUUUGCAUUCACAGUUGUAGCCCGACCAAAAGAAUAACUCUGUUCCGCGCUUCGAAAGAGGGGAUGGCCUGCUUCCGGCAUUACCGUCAAGACAAGGAUGGAUUGAAGAUUGUCUCGGCGGAGGAUACGGCCUUCGUGGAUGACAGUGUACUCGGAAAGGCGUGGUUUCUCCCCCUGCAUCAUGUGAAUAUGAAAGCCGGGGCUUUGGGUAGACGAUGUCUUGCGGUGCUGGGGUUGGGGGAUAAGGGCUCGAUUGGGGAACGGGCUGAGGCUGGAUUUGGGGUAUUUCCUUUUCUCACAGGAAUGCGUCUUAGCGUUGGGAGUUGUGGUACGCAUUAG